GGCCGCGCCUUUCAUUGAUAAACGGCGCGCUGGCCACGCCCCCGGGCGCGUGUGUACGCGCGGGGCGCUGCGCGCACGUGUGCGGAGUGUGGCGCGGGGUCUCGCACCUGUGUGGGGUGUGCGGGCUCCUGCGCGCGUUCCUGCUGGGCGCUGCUGCUGAACCGGCCUGGUAUUGCCAGACACCGCACUUGUGGGUGUCAGAUACUGCCCGUCUGUACUGGGCAGCGCGGCAGACGUCGCACAUCUGUGCUGGGCUCUGCACAUCUGCCACAGUGAUGCACAGCUGGCGUGGGCCUCGUACAUCUGUUCUGCGCUCUGUGUGUGUGUUCUCGGCACGGUGUGGUUGUCGCCGGAGGUUGCGCGCAUUGUGUCGGGACGGGGGAUGCCGGGGAAAACGUGUUUGGAAAAGUAGUGGGAGCAGCUACAAACGCUCACCUCAAGUCAUGGAUGGGGGGCUGCGGCACUCAAAGGUGCCCCUUAAUACCGGGCUGCAGUAGGGUGAGGCCGAAAACGCGGUACCGAAACGCGGCGGGGUGCUGGUUCCUGCGUGAGGGUCCUGCCCCAUCACUGUCCUGUCCCACGCUGCAGGGCGCUGGCUUGAGUGAGGGCGGGCUGACCCCCGUCCCCGUGAACCGAGCUGGCUGUCACUAGAUGGCAGCAGGGCCACGUGGCAGUGCCACCACUGUCACUGCUGUCACUGUCCCCAUUCCAGGACAGAGGCCGCCAUUCCUGGGUGCAGGGCAGGACCCGCUUCCACGCUAUAGCCACCAUCACGGCCGGCCCCGGGGUGCGCGUGGUCCUGGGGGAGUCUAAAGCAGGAUCCGGGCGGCCACGGAGGGGAUUCGUGGCCCUUAUGCUGGCCCUGCAGCAGCGCAGCCCCCCGCAGUGUGCCCCUCCAAGCUCCUCGGGGCUGGAGGCUGUUUGGGACACCGCCGCUUUCUGGGGGUGCGGGGGGUCCUGCUGGCAUCCCCCAGUUGGGGCGGACAGCCCAGCGCACCCCAAACUUCUCUGUCCGGGUGCUUCCCAGGAGGGUCUGGCUCCUGGUGGCACUGGGGGUGCAACCCAAGCGAGGGGUGGCGUUACCCGUCCCACCCCGCCCGAAACACGGAGCCCCCACCCGGCCCUACCCACACGGCGCGGUUUGUCCGCCCGCGGACGCCGUAGCAGCGCGGAAGUGUCUCCAUGGAGACGGAAGGAGCCGGGCCCAGGGAUGGAGAAAUACGAGCGGAUCCGCGUGGUGGGGAGAGGGGCUUUCGGCAUCGUGCACCUGUGCCUGCGCAAGGCCGACCAGAAGCUGGUGAUCCUGAAGCAGAUCCCUGUGGAGCAGAUGAGCAAGGAUGAGCGGCUGGCAGCGCAGAACGAGUGCCAGGUCCUCAAGCUGCUCAACCACCCCAACGUCAUUGAGUACUACGAGAACUUCCUGGAGGACAAGGCGCUCAUGAUUGCCAUGGAAUACGCCCCAGGGGGCACUCUGGCAGAGUUCAUCCACAAGCGCUGUAAUUCCUUGCUGGAUGAGGACACCAUCCUGCACUUCUUCGUGCAGAUCCUCCUGGCCCUGCACCACGUGCACACCAAGCAGAUCCUGCACCGUGACCUGAAGACCCAGAACAUCCUCCUGGACAAGCACCGCAUGAUCGUCAAGAUCGGAGACUUUGGCAUCUCCAAAAUCUUGAGCAGCAAGAGCAAAGCCUACACAGUGGUGGGAACUCCGUGCUACAUCUCCCCAGAGCUCUGUGAAGGGAAGCCUUACAACCAGAAGAGCGACAUCUGGGCCCUGGGCUGUGUGCUCUACGAGCUCGCCAGCCUCAAGAGGGCUUUCGAAGCUGCGAACCUUCCUGCCUUGGUGUUGAAGAUCAUGAGCGGGACUUUUGCCCCAAUAUCGGAUCGAUACAGCCCCGACCUGCGCCAGCUCAUCCUCAGCAUGCUCAACCUGGAUCCUUCCAAGCGGCCCCAGCUGAAUGAGAUCAUGGCCCAGGCCAUCUGCAUCCGGCCCCUCCUGAACCUCUACACAGACGUGGGCAGCGUCAAAAUGAGGAGGCCUGAAAAACCCUUGGCUCCAGUGCCCACAGUGACCCACAGCCGGACAGGGGGACGGGCAAGUAGUGCCAGGCCGAGGGGUGUCCGAUGUGGUUCAGCCAAGACAGGAAUCCCACCCCCCCUGUCAUCCAUCUACACGUGGGGCAGUGGGAUCACCACCCCUCUCCGCCUGCCCAUGCUGAACACCGAGGUGGUGCAGGUCUCUGCUGGCAGGACACAGAAGGCUGGGGUCACCAAAUCUGGGAGGCUCAUCCUGUGGGAGGCUCCUCCCAUGGGUGCUGCUGGGGGUCCUUCUCUCCCAGGAGCCACCGAGCAGCUCCAGCCUCAGUUUGUGUCCCGCUUUCUGGAGGGCCAGUCUGGAGUGACCAUCAAACAUGUGUCCUGUGGUGAUCUUUUCACAGCCUGCCUCACAGACAGGGGGAUAAUCAUGACCUUCGGCAGCGGCAGCAAUGGCUGUUUGGGGCACGGAAACUUCACGGAUGUGAGCCAGCCCAAGAUUGUGGAGGCCCUGCUGGGCUAUGAGAUGGUGCAGGUGGCCUGUGGCGCGUCUCACGUCCUGGCGGUCUCCAACGAACGGGAAGUGUUUGCCUGGGGCAGGGGGGAUAAUGGUCGGCUUGGGCUGGGCACCCUGGAGUGCUACAACUGCCCCCAGCAGGUCACAGUCCCUCCAGAGCAUGAGGCUCAGAGGGUCAUCUGUGGCAUCGAUUCCUCCAUGGUCCUCACAGUGAAGAACCAGAUUCUUGCUUGUGGGAGCAACAGGUGUAACAAGCUGGGCCUAGACCGGAUCAGUUCAACAGAGGAGCCUUCCCCAGAGGACCAGGUGGAGGAGGCCACUGUGUUUGUGUGUGCCCAGUCAGCCCCCUUGAACCAAGAGUCCAUUGUGUGUGCUGACAUCGGUACAGCACAUUCUGCUGCUGUCACAGCCUCUGGCCAUUGUUACACCUUUGGGAGCAACCAGCACGGGCAGCUGGGCACCAACUCCUGCCACAACAGCCGUGUGCCCCACCUGGUUUUGGGGCUCGAGAUGAUGAAGGUCACCGUGGUGGCUUGUGGAGAUGCCUUCACUGUGGCCAUCGGAGCAGAUGGCGAGGUGUGCACGUGGGGGAAAGGAGCCAGGGGACGCCUGGGCAGGAAGGACGAGGAAACUGGAGUGCCGAGGCCAGUGCAGCUGGAGGAGACACAUCCAUACCUGGUGACCUCUGUUGCCUGCUGCCACGGGAACACACUGCUGGCAGUAAAGCCUGUUGUGGAGGAAUCGCCUUCCCAGUGAGUGAGAGCAGCCACAUCCUGCUUUUCCUGCUGCUCACAGCAGCCUGGCUCAGACACACUCCAGGCUCCAGAGCUCCUCAGCUGCACUCCAAAGGCAGCACUCCGGAAACAGAGAGCUCCUAACGAUGGUUCCCAGGGAACCAGAGCUGGUCUCACUUAUUAUUCACUUCACUCUAUUGUCACUGUGAACCUCCAGUGCCUGAGAGUCGCUGCCCCGAACGUGCCCAGAGCUGUGGUGCUGCCUUCAAGGGGUCAUACUGUGGCUCUUCCCUUCCCUGCUGGAAGUGCCCGUGUGGAAGAGUGAGGAGCACAGAGGUUGUUUUCCUCUGUGGAAACUGUUUCUGGUUACAAAGCCCAGGCUGACAGCUCCAUGUGUGAGAGAGCUGUCAGCCUUUGCACAGCAGCGUCUGGAGUCAGGGCCCCAGGCGCUGUGCUGGGUAACUAAAUGCAAACCUCUUUACUAAUUAGAGAAGUCUGUCCUUUCCCAUCCCCCCCCUAAAACGUUUCACCCAUUUAUUGAGCACACUUUGGAGGGUCUUGUCUGCACGCCUGGCCGCGCUCUGCAUGAGCAACCUCCCUGUGCUGCACAGCUCUCCCCAAAUGCUGCCUGGAGCUUUCCAAUUACAGCCUCCCCUGGCCCCAGGAGCUCACUGGAGGAUCCUCCAGCUGACAUUUGUCCUCAGGCCCCUCAGUCCUGCUGCUGACUGGCACACUGGCUCCCAGCUGAGCUGGGGAAGGCAGCAAAACACAGCCAGUGAUCGUCAGUACUUGGAAGUUUUUUAACCCAGUUUUGUCCAGGGAGCUGAUGAGUUUUCACCAAGGGUCUUUGCGGGCAGGAGAAGCACAUCCAUGUGUUAUGGACAGGAGUCACGUUUUUUGUCUCCAGAAGGGUUGUUUCCUUUCUUUUUUUUCCUCUUCUUUUCUUUUUUUAACUUACAUUUGCCCUGGGCCAUUUUUUGAUGAGCUUCUGUCUCUGAUCUGUCUGACAUUGCAAAUGCUCUUGCCUUUCACAUCCAUCUUUGUGCUGUUGCCAAUCUGUUGUGUAUAAAGUCAGUGCUUUCAUAAGCUGGCUGAGAUGAAAUCUCUCUAAUUAUUUUUGUGAUUCUUUCCUGUUUUCAAUGAGGAAAACCUCGACGGGCUCUGGUAAAAGCCAACUGAUCCCUCUGUCAUGUGGAAGGUAAUGAAUUUCUGCAGCUCUCCUGCCCUCGCCUCCCAGGCUCCGGCUGGGGAAGGGAGCAGGUCCGGUCCAGCUGGGAGAGGCGUGUGCAGCCCUGGCUGCAGACACAGCCUCCCUGUUUGGCUCCUGGCAGGGUGGGUGCACGGGUUUUUCCCUGCCUUUUUUGUUUCUUGUGGAGCUGCCUUCUCAGGCGGUUACACCCUGCUAUCCCAGGAAGCUGACUGGAAUUCAAAGGUUCUGCCAGUCCUUUGGCAUUUUCCUGUGCUGCAGGUUACAGAGACGGCUCAGCACAGUGCUGGGGAAGGUGCUUUCCCCUGCCAGACCAACCUGGGCACCAGGGCCAGGCAGGACUGGGUUAAAUCCCCUCAAAGCCCCUCUGGGCCACUGCCUCUCCUCCCUGUGUGGAGCUGGCAGCAGCUCCAGCUCCUUCCUGCGUCAGAUUGAGAGAGAGAGAGAGCUCUCGGGCCUCCCCUCGCCCCACACCACAUUCAAACACAUCCCAUUGCAAGGGGCUGGUGUUCCUCCUGCAGCCUUGGCAGGGCUGAGGGUUGGCUGGGACAGCAGCAGGCAGGACAGAGGUCUGACACCCUUUGUCUUGUCAGUGGUGACGCCAAAAUCCACUGCUGCAGGGGCCAAGCUCUUCCUGCUCCAGCUGGGCUGCCAAAUCCAGGGGUGCAGUCCCCCCGUCUGUUUCCUAUCAGUGUACUGGUGUUAGGUGGGUGAUUUUAUGGCUUAAUGACACCUUUGCACUGCAGUGCUGGGGCUGGACGUGUCACCAGCUUGAAUAUUUGGAUCCUUUUCUCCAGACUGGGGAAACCAGUGCGGACCAGUGUGCUUUGUGCUGGGCUGGGGGCUCUGGCGAGGGACGGAGCCCUCGGGAUUUUGCAGCCUGGGCUCUCCGCGCAGGAGUUCAGCUGUGAAGCCCAGCGAGAUCAUUUGAAUAAUUUAAUACCGGGCUGUGACCAAGCCUGGCGAAGGGGUAAAGGAAACAAAGAGGCCCCCAGCCCCGAGCAACAAAAGCUCCUGGAACGACAAGCCGAGGCAUGUCCGUGCUGCCGGAGGCAGAGAGCAGCCCGGGCAAAUAGGCUACUUGCAUUCCUCACGUCUGCUGCUUUGUUUCCCUGCAGAAGCUCACCGUGAAAUCUGCAGGUCUCAGGGCUUCUCCCUUUAUCCUUUUUUCUGUUCCUGUGUUGUGUGGAGCUGGUGGUGGAUCAGUGUCCCCGCAGCUCUUCCUGCUAAGGAGAGGCUGGGCCGGAGGGGAGAGGGAAGGGGAGGUGAUGCGGGAUGGGGCUGCCUGGUCCCCGUUCGUGCAUCCUGCUGCGGGUCCCCUCUGGCCAUUGUCACCCAGGGAAAGGCCGUCCCUGUUCCAAAUAAGAUCCUGCUCACUUGAGGCCAUUACUGUAGCAGUAAACAGCUCAAACCAC